CGGCUGCAAGGAGGGUUUCCCCAGACCGAAGCGCGGAAACGGGGUGCUCGGGCCUCCCCGCCCGCUCUCGGCCUGAUCUUCUUGGUCGCAGACGCUGUGCGCCCUGCGCGAUGGGUGCCAACGAGGACCAGGAGAUGGAACUAGAAGCUUUACGUUCCGUUUACGAAGGAGAUGAAAGCUUCCGGGAAUUAAGUCCGGUUUCAUUUCAAUACAGGAUAGGUGAAGAUGGUGAUCCCAAAGCCUUCCUAAUAGAGAUUUCCUGGACAGAGACCUAUCCCCAAACGCCUCCGGUUAUAUCUAUGAAUGCAUUUUUUAACAACACCAUCUCCUCGGCUGUGAAGCAGAGCAUCUUAGCCAAGCUACAGGAAGCAGUAGAAGUGAACCUCGGCACCGCCAUGACCUACACGUUAUUCGAGUACGCUAAGGACAAUAAAAAGCAGUUCGUGGAGAACCACCAUCCCGGGAACUCUACGCCAACACCCAUAGCCAAUAUCAUCUUGGUUGAAGCUCCCAGCACAGCCCCAUCAAGUAAGAAAAAAGACAAGAAAGAACAACUUUCCAAAGCUCAGAAACGCAAGCUGGCAGAUAAGACAGAUCACAAAGGGGAGCUCCCUCGAGGCUGGAACUGGGUUGAUGUCGUGAAGCAUUUAAGCAAAACUGGCUCUAAAGAAGAUGAGUAGCACCUGCAGAAGAAGCGAGAGCGUCUCUGCAAGGCAGCCCGGAUCAACAUAACUCCUUACUUUUUCUGGCACCGAGUGGCUUUUUACAAGACAUAGCUCUUUUG